AUGGCCCCUUGCACAGUGGGAACCGAGAACCCAACCUGGGUAUCCAAGAUCUCUUUUACUUAGUAUCGCGUCUCUUAUACCGCCGCCUCGUGCUACGGGACGGUAGACAUCGCCGCCUUCGCUCCAACUGCCCUGCUCACCUCAACCUCUCUAGCCCGAUCCGCGCUGGCAUAGCAUGCCGCCUCUGUCUGUCGUUCUAGUCAAAAUUCCACGAUUCAUAAACCCUAGUGAAGCUCCUGAAAUUUUAACCUGCAUCCCUUCUUUUGUCUGGGCCCGAUAUAUCGGCAAACACUAUAGCCCCGGGACAUGCAUCGUCCGAGCGGCCCUUGACUGGCCUCAGGCACAAUUGCUAUUGUACCUGUACCGGUACAGAGCCAGACUGGACUGGUUUUUUGGAACCUCUUUUCCAGCACUUUACACCUGCGUCAGUUUCUGUGGGACCCAGACCGUCCACAUCUCCGGGUGCUUGUCUUUGACGGCGCCAUUGGUUUGGUGGAUGCAAUCUAGUACAUUUGCAUGCGCUAAUCUCUGGUGCACUCACUCACUCUCACUUGCUGGGAUGGAUGGACUGGACGGGCUCGUCAACUCACUCUCAGCUCGACUGCACCUGGGGUCAGCUCUGAUGCGUCCGUCGCCAGAAAUACCCGCCCCCCUUGUGGAUCGAGGACAGGAUCUGCUACGGAUUACCGAUUGGCGCAACUCGCCUGGUCUUUCAGCCGUUGCCGUUGGGCAUGUCGUCAUCCCACAGCCCCUUCAGAGUUCAGCUGAACAGCAGAUUGAUGGCCUCCUCCCUUGCAUCGCGCAUUCUUGAGACGACAAAGCAAGCCCGCCGCCUUCUCGAUGCCGCAUCUGCGCCUCUUGCCGUCUCUGGCCGGCCGCACUGGCACAUGUCUGCCUGCCAGCCUGCCUGCCGAACACACAAGACAAGGCAGGUACAUACAUGCACACAGACAGACAGGCAGACACUGGAUGGGCCUCUGGAUGGCGACGCAAACCCUCAACCGCAGGAUUACGAUAAUCGGUUCCCCAGCGCGAGCGCGGCGCGCAAUACGUCGAGCCAGCGGGGCUCCAGGUAACGUCA